AUGUUUCGAUCAUCGUUGAUUAUUCUUUUAAUAUUGAUUAUAUUAUUUACAAAUGGAAAGAAUCUAACUAAUCCAAUACAAAAUACAACAUCAACACGUAAACCAGUUAGUAUUAAAAUAUGUGGUCCAGCUUUAGUCCAAAUGCUUGAUAUGAUAUGUCAGAGAGCUAAACAAAUAUUAAUGAAAAAACAAAAAUCAUCACAUGAAAAACGACAUAUGAUUAUUGAUGAUGAUCCAUUUACACGUACACUUUUAAUUAAAGAUUUUGCACAAUUUAAUAAUACAUUAGUUGGUGAUUGUUGUCUUCAAGCAUGUACACUUAAGACAUUAUUAAAAUAUUGUUAG